CUUUUAGUUUUAGAGCCGUUGGGUGUAAACGGCCAAGUUGAGCUCUCAGUCCAACAGUCAGGUCGACGGCCCUCUGAGGAGGUCUCUCUGCUCCCCUCCUUUAUUCAGUUUUUGGUUGAAGGCGGACGCUCCUCAUCUCCACUGUCAGGAUGUCUCCGUCCACGUCCCCCCGGUUCUUCACGGAGAGGGAGGUGGCCUGCCACUGCACUAAGGAGUCCUGUUGGGUUGUGUUGGGGACCAGGGUGUAUGAUGUGACGGCCUUCUUGCAGAGGCACCCGGGUGGAGAAGCACUGAUACUUCGCCGGUCGGGCAAGGACGUGAGCCAAGACAUGAAAGGACCCCCACACCGGCACUCCGAGAACGCCCGGCGCUGGAUGGAGCAGUACUACAUCGGGGAGUUGGACAGAGACAGCGGUACCGAGGAGGCACAGACUCUGAGAGAGAGGAGGAAGGCCAGUGAACAGACAGAGGGAAAGACAGCAGAGAAGACAAUGGAUGUGAAGGUGAAGGAGGAGGAUGAGAACACCCCGUACAACCGCUGCAGCUCUGUGGACCUGGAAAAGGAUUUAGUGGACUGGGGGAAGCCCUUGGCAUGGCAGGUAGGCCACCUUGCAGAGAAAUAUGACGCGUGGGUUCACCAGCCAGUCGACAGACCAAUUAGACUGUUUGGAAACCCCCUCCUGGAGGCCAGCACCAAGACUUCCUGGUACUGGGUACCAGUGGUGUGGCUUCCUAUUGUGUUUUAUCUCAGUUGGUACUGCUACUCCACCCUGGCAAAGGGCACAACAAGGAUCGUCCUCACUUCAGACUUCUCGAUCCUGAUCCAUAAGUACUUUUUCCCACUGCUCUUUUUGAUGGGCUGGUUCUUGUGGUCGUUCAUUGAGUACUGCAUUCAUCGCUUUGUCUUUCACAUGAAACCACCAGCCCAUAACUACUACCUCAUCACACUACACUUCCUCCUGCAUGGGCAGCACCACAAGUCUCCAUUUGACGGCUCUCGGCUGGUCUUCCCCCCCGGCCUGGCCUCCUUAGUGGUGGGGAGUUUCUAUGCAAUCCUCUACAACACGCUCCCAGAGAUCCUUGGGAUAUCUGUGUUUGUUGGAGGACUGUGUGGCUACGUCGUGUACGAUAUGAUUCACUACUACCUCCACUACGGCUCGCCAAAGAGAGGCUCAUAUAUGUACAGUCUGAAGGCCUACCAUGUCAAACACCACUUUGAACACCAGAGAGCAGGUUUUGGGAUCACCUCCACAUUUUGGGACCAUCCCUUCAACACAGUCAUCCCCGAUGAAAAAUUCUAAUGCAGAAACAGCUCUCCUGAAGGGCCACAGGACUUGUCAGCCACUUUUUUUAGUAACCAGCCCACAUGCUAUAACCACCCUUAAACCAUCAGUCUCUGCAGCCAUAACUUCCACAAGCAAGCAACUAAGCCAUCCAUGUCACUAUAACACAUAUCAGCCUACUUUCUGAUUUCAGCCAUCAACAAAUUAUUUUCCUCUGCUCAGCCAUCUGUUUGUGUAUCAACCAGCUUGCACUAUUUCCUCACUGCAAUAAUUGGUAAGGCCAGUCUGUGGCAUUUUUAAACCAAUAUCUUGAUGCGCUCUCACUGCACUGAACUCAACAACCAUGUCGUCACCUGACUGCUACUCACAACAUUAUAAUAUUUAGAGAGGGACACACAUACACACACACACACACACACACACACACACACACACACACACACACAUACACAUACACACGCACAUGCACAACAUACAGAGAGAGAGAGAGAGAGAGAGAAAAGGACGUGAUAGAAGGUAGGCGGAUGUGGAAGACAGAGAAGAGAGAGGAUGAAAGAAUGACAGAAAGUGUGACAGAUAGUGUUGAUAGAGACUGAGUGAGAGAGAACCCCAAAACUGUAUCUUCUCACUAGGUGAACUAACUCAGGAAAAAAUAUCUUUAGCCUUCUUCCAAACUGCAGCUUGAAUCUUCCUUGUUUUGUCUCUGUCUCUCUUCUCUGCUGGCCACUAAGCUUCCCAGCUACGUUGCUACACUGUUACAUUACAGGUUUCUAACAGUCAUCAGAACUCCCCUCCACCAUGUUUGGUCUCAUGGUAGUUUUUCUAAAUUGGUAACAGAAAACAUCUGGUUUCAGAUAUUUGGACAUGCUGACAUUCAUUUGACAGUACAUAUUUAACUUAUUGCUAAUCAGUAAAGCUGCAAAGGGAGCUUAUACUGCAGUGUGCUAAUGUAAUGUACAUACUGUUAGGGUCAGUACAUUGCAUUAGCAAUGUAAAGCAGAUGUUUGAAUGUUUGAAACCACUGUGGAGAUAUAUUUUUUCUAGUCUAUUGUAAUAUUUCCUCCAUGUCCUUUUCUUUUUAUUAUUAAUGAUACAACAAAGAUGUAAAAAUAUAUUUUGUAAGAUGCUUUGUACAGAAGAGGAGAUUCUUUAAUUGUACCAGCUUUAUGUUAUCAGAGUGAGCAGAUGAUUUUUAGGAUGAUGAAUGCAUCUGCAGAUAGAUACUGUAUGUGCAGAUGCAUCAAGAUGUUAUACUGCAUGGAUGAUAGAAUGUUGUCAUGGUGACAGGGGGACAGAGAUGAAGGCAUGAGGCCAGCCUGUCAGAGUUCCUGUUGUGAGGAUCUCUGGGUCAAAGGUCACAGUAUGGCUAGGUGACAAAACUUGGGGGUUGAAGUCAUUGAUCUUUAACCACAACUCAUCAGAACUCAGCUAUUGGUAGGAUGAUUUUUUUAACUCUUAGUUUUUGGGUCUCACUGUCUUUUUGAAGCCAUCUGUGUAUUUGGCCCUGCGAAUCCCCACAGGAUGACGAUCAAUGAUGCAUCUGACUGGACAACAGGAGGCUUUGAGAGUGACUGGCGGAUCUUCGAAAUGUCUCUUCUUAACACCAAACAAUACUGAUAACUAAAGCAGAACAAAGUGAAUUCAGAAAAUGUCCAUAAAUAAUAGAGAAGAGAGACUAUUCUACUACUGCAGAAAAUCAUUUUAUUAUCAGGUUUUCUAUUUUGAGGAAAGACUCCCACUUAAAUAAUAUAUAUACCGAUAUUCUUACACAUGGAAAAUAACAUGCAACAUCUGUUUCAGAGAAGUAUAACCAUUUUUGAAGAAGAGAAAAAAAUGAUGAAUGAAUAAGUGAUCUACAUUGAACAUAUUCAGUGCAGCAUACCACAAAGAUAUUGCUUCAGAAAGAACCAAAAAAGUAUAUUUUUGAUGUUUUUAAUGAUUGUGGAGCCAGUGAUGACGUAAUAUCAGCAAUGAUGAUAAUGAUAACAAUAAUGAUGAUGAUGAUGAUGAUGAGUGUAAUGAUACAUAAUGAUCAUGAUGGCUGCUUGGCAAAGUGAAACAACUCCACCUGUCAGAUUAAAGUACAUAGAGAUCUUAUUUAUGCAUAUUUAAAUGGUAAAGAUGAAAACAGCUCGUAAGCUUUGAUUCUGACAAGUUUUCCUUGUGUUAAAUCAUGCAGCAUAAAAUAAUAUUUCCUAAAUCUGUUUACUAUAAUAUCUUAUAACAUUUAUUUUGGAAUUUUAAAUGUCUAUGCAAAUGCAAAACAUUUGUAAAUAAAUGUCUGUAUAUUUCUGA